UAGUAUACGUUUUGAUUGUGUUAGCUUGCACAUUGUUUUUGUUUGCGAGGAUGUUUUCAGUCGUAAUUAUCAGGUGCGUAUUCAUUACGCAGAUUCUGUUGGAUAACGUUUCUUAAACGGAACGAAACGGGGCGGGACCUGCCUGAAUUUGUCCAAUAGAAACUCUUGUUUUGCUCCCGUUUGGUUCUUACACGGUAAACUGUUUCCGUAAUGAAUACAUCCCAGCUGUUGCGAGUAGACUUCGGACAUAGUCUCCUCUAGCUAGCAGAUUGUAACGGGCUAAUGUGACGCUCCAGUAGCGGUUACAGGAUAGGUACUGUUUGGAGAAGCACAGAGCAUUUUCGACCAGCCUUUUUUGGGCCAAACAUGUAUCUUCUAAAAUUCCCGUGUCCAGUUGCAAGUGGUUUGAAUUUAUAAAAUGCUCCGACAUUAAAAUACAUGUUUUGUGCCAAGUGAUCCAACAAUGUAUACGCAGCCAUCUUGUCUAAUUCAAAUGUUCUCUCUUUCAUUGAUCAAAACAACCGUGUCAUCAUGGCAUGCAGCACUUUGGGGUGGUCAUCCACCUGUCUCAAUGAGGGGAUUUGAUUAAUCUGAACCGUGGAGGCGUUUUGCACCGGGUGAAAGUUGAUUGCGUUCAUUUUGGAACCGGGCUGCUCCCUGGCAUGAACAAGGUGCACUGUUCAAAGCCCACAGUCUGCUCAACACAAACGUGACGUAAUGAGUAGUAUUUUGUGUUUUCUCAUGCAAAAGUGAUUUGCCUUUGAAAAGAAACACUUGAUCUUCCUUCCCAAUGAAUGGAUGUUCCCCAAUGCUGGAAGGGGACCCGAGUGAAAAAAAAGUUUGGGAACCAGUGGAGGCUGCUGAGGGGAACGAGGUGGCUGUUGAUUUCAGCGCACAUAUGGGUGCACACAGUGUUGAGAACCAGCUGAGCACUCGCUCAUGUCCGGAUUCUGGAAUCUAUACAACACACCACUAAAGCUAUAGAAUACAGGUAGACUAAGACUAACUACAGUAAUAGAUGCAUGAAGAAUGUGUCCCUACGCCAAACAGUACCUACCCUGAGCAUCACAUUAGCCCGUGACAAUCUGCUAGCUACCUCUCGUCAGCUGGCAUACAGUAUCUUAAAAGUCACUUCUUUCCUUUCGAAGCUAAUUUGACCUGUUUGGGAACAAAUGUAAGCAAUGUUUUCAAUAGUUAGGUCAAUUGGCAAGCUGCAAAUAAGGAAAGACAGUGACAAUAAUGUAAAUAUAACAAUAAUAUAUGCCAUUUAGCCGACACUUUUAUCCAAAGCGACUUACCAAAGCGAUGUGUGUCUACAUUUUACAUAUGGGUGGUCCCGGAAAUCGAACCCACUACCCUGACAUUACAAGAGCCAUGCUCUACCAACUGAGCUACAAAGGACCAGUCAAGUACUCACUAACAAUAAUUGGCUGUGAUUGACAGGAAUAUUUUCAAACAUGUCAUGAUUAUCAAUAAAAGCAUAGAGUCUAUGACUUCACUGUGGGGUAGGCUGGAGACAUGCACUCACCAUCAAGGAAGGAAUUUGUGUCUUUAACCUUCACUGGAAGUGGCAACUAUAACAGCAAACAGUGGAGAAGACAGUCCUGCUGGAGGAAAUGGAAACAGUUAUCCAGAUUGCAGCGCAACCUCAUCCUCUUCAGCGUGGCUCUCAUGUUAGUUUGUGGGAUUGCCACUUACCCCACUGUCACAGAACACUUCAGAGGCCUUACUGUUGUUGUGAAGGAGGAUGAGGGCCAUGUUCGGAAACUGGUCAUCCCUGAGGUCCUACCUAAGUCGGAUAAACAGAACCAACCACUAGUACCAGAGCCACCUUCAGAGAAGCAGAAGAGGGCACCCCACAAGCGGGGGCCACCCGGCCUGCAGAACCGUCUGCAAAAGAAAGGCACCGGGUCAGAUAUCCAGGAGGAGGAGAAUCCGAUUCAAGAAGCAAAGCAAGCUGACAAAGAAAAGGGAGAGAAGCCACUUGUUAAGCGUGGGGCCUUGAUUGAGGCUGACCAAGCCACUGAAGGGGGAACUGCCAAGGAAGCAGAGAACAAGGUGGCUGUCCCAGCAUUUGAGCAAGAGCACCAUUCACACGAGCCAGAAUUCGAUAGGCUUGAGGCAGUACGAGAUGCUUUCAGACAUGCGUGGAAGGGAUACAAAGAGUUUGCCUGGGGCCAAGAUGAGCUGAGGCCCAUCUCUAAGUCCUAUGGAGAGUGGUUUGGCCUGGGCUUGACCCUGAUUGAUGCCCUGGACACCAUGUGGAUCCUCAACCUCAGAGAAGAGUUUGAGGAGGCUAAGACCUGGGUGUCAACGGAGCUCUCCUUCAAUAAGAACGUUGAUGUGAACCUUUUUGAGAGCACCAUCCGUAUCCUGGGCGGCUUGCUGAGCACUUACCAUCUGACUGGAGACACUCUGUUCCUGGACAAGGCUAAAGAUAUAGGAACGAGGUUAAUGCCUGCCUUCAACACCCCGUCCAAGAUCCCCUACUCAGAUGUGAACAUUGGGAAGGGUACGGCCCACCCCCCUCGAUGGAUGUCAGACAGCACUGUUGCUGAGGUCACCAGCAUCCAGCUGGAGUUUAGGGAGCUGAGUCGCCUCACUCAGGACACACGCUACCGGGCUGCAGUGGAUAAUGUCAUGCAAAAAGUCCACAAGCUGGAAGGGAAGCAGGACGGCCUCGUCCCCAUGUUCAUCAACACCAACAGCGGCCAGUUCACCCAUCUGGGGGUCUUCACCCUGGGCGCACGAGCAGAUAGCUACUACGAAUACCUCCUUAAACAGUGGAUACAGGGAGGCCAGAAGGAGACAGAAUUGCUGGAGGAUUACCUGCAGGCCCUAGAGGGAGUGAAGAAGAACCUGCUUAAGAAGUCAUCUCCUAACAGCCUGACCUUCGUAGGGGAGCUGUCCCAUGGUCAGUUCAGCCCCAAAAUGGACCACCUGGUGUGUUUCCUCCCUGGGACCCUGGCUCUAGGGGCCCACCACGGCCUGCCAGCCGACCACAUGGAGCUGGCCAAGCAGCUGAUGGAGACCUGCUACCAGAUGUAUGCCCAGAUGGAGACUGGCUUGAGCCCUGAGAUCGUCCACUUCAACAUGCACGAGGGAAGCAUCAGAGAUGUAGACGUCAAGCUUGCAGACAGACACAACCUCCUUCGCCCUGAGACGGUGGAGAGCUUGUUUUAUCUGUACAGGUUCACUAAGGACAGGAAGUACAGAGACUGGGGCUGGGAGAUCCUCCAGAACUUCAACAAGUACACCAAGGUUUCUACUGGUGGCUACACAUCCAUCAACAACGUCCGGGACCCAGAGUACCCCAGCCCCCGGGACAAGAUGGAGAGUUUCUUCCUGGGGGAGACUCUCAAGUACUUCUACCUGCUGUUCUCAGAUGACCCGGAGCUGGUCAGUCUGGACAAGUAUGUGUUCAACACAGAGGCCCACCCCCUGCCCAUCUGGCCUUCUGCUGAGUGAGCGAUACACCAGCCAAGUCAACGGGAUACAUGCACUACCGUUCAGAAGUCUGGGGUCACUUAGAAAUGUCCUUGUUUUAAGGAAAAGCUUUUUUUUGUUUAAAUUAACAUCAAAUUGAUCAGAAAUCCAGUGUAGACAUUGUUAAUGUUGUAACUGACUAUUGUAGCUGGAAACGGCCAAUUUUGUAUUUUUAUGGAAUAUCUCAAUUUAUUUCACCUUUAUUUAACCAGGUAGGCUAGUUGAGAACAAGUUCUCAUUUGCAACUGCCACCUGGCCAAGAUAAAGCAAAGCAGUGUGAACAGACAACAACAGAGUUAAACAUGGAGUAAACAAACAAGUCUAUAAUACAGUAGAAAAAAAGAGUCUAUAUACAUUUGUGUGCAAAAGGCAUGAGGAGGUAGGCGAAUAAUUACAAUUUAGCAGAUUAACACUGGUGUGAUAAAUUAUCAGAUGGUCAUGUGCAGGUAGAGAUACUGGUGUGCAAAAGAGCAGAAAAGUAAAUAAAUAAAAGCAGUAUGGGGAUGAGGUAGGUAAAUUGGGUGGGCUAUUUUCCUGUUGGACUAUGUACAGCUGCAUAGGUGUACAACAGUGAAGAGGCGACUCCGGGAUGAAGGCCUUUAUAGGCAGAGUUGCAAAGAAAAAGCCGUAUCUCAGACUGGCCAAUAAAAAGAAAAGAUUAAGAUGGGCAAAAGAACACACACUGGACAGAGGACCUCCUCCUAGUAGGCCAGCAUCCCGGAGUUGCCUCUUCACUGUUGGCGUUGAGACUGGUAUUUUGCGGGUACUAUUUAAUGAAGCUGCCAGUUGAGGACUUGAGGCGUCUAUUUCUCAAACUAGACACUCUAAUGUACUUGUCCUCUUGCUCAGUUGUGCAACAGGGCCUCCCACUCCUCUUUCUAUUCUGGUUAGAGCCAGUUUGCGCUCUUCUGUGAAGGUGGUAGUAGUACACAGCGUUGUGUUAGAUCUUCAGUUUCUUGGCAGUUUCUCACAUGGAAUAGCCUUCAUUUCUCAGAACAAGAAUGGACUGAUGAGUUUCAGAAAGUGUUUUGUUUCUGGCCAUUUUGCGCCUGUAAUCAAACCAGGAAUGCUCAACUAGUCUAAAGAAGGCCAGGUUUAUUGCUUCUUUUAAUAAGCACAACAUUUUUAUAGCUGUGCUAACAUAAUUGCAUAAGAGUUUUUUUAAAACUUGGCACGUUGUGUUAGCUAAUCCAUUGGAACACAGGAGUGAUGGUUGCUGAUAAUGGGCCUCUGUACGCUUAUGUAGAUAUUUCAUAAAGAAUCAGCCAUUUCCAGCUACAAUAGUAAUUUACAACAUUAACAAUGUCUACUGUACUUCUGAUCAAUUUGUUAUUUUAAUGGACAAAAAAUGUGCUGUUAUUUUUUUUAAAACAAGGACAUUUCUAAGUGACCCCAACAUUUUGAACGGUAGUGUAGAUCCAGAAAUACAUCACAGCUCAGGGCUCGGCUAACGCCAAGAUAUCUCAUUGCUCAUUUUGAUAUAUCUGUGACUCAAGUUUGGGUUGGUUUACCCUCUCCCAACUCCAAAACUCUGGAAAAAUGGCAAAUUUAAAAUAAAAAGGCCGUAAUUCAUUGUUCGUUAAAUGAUUGUAAUAGCCAUGGUGGAAUGACAGCAGUGCUAGGGUGAGAUUGAGGCACGGUAGCCUUGAUAUUUAUUUAAAAUGUUCUCUGUUCUCACCACAUUGCUGGUGCGGAGUCUGUCUGUCCUCUGAUAAUGAGUUGUUUACUCUGAAGGAAGAGUGGAAAACAUGAGCCAGCCAACCUGUGUAGUUGGCUCAUUGUGGUUAUUUCGUCCACCAACACUAGAGAAUGGGAUGAGUGUGACUGAACUCCAAGCUGUCUUAGGCAGAAGCCCAAGAGGAAGUGGAGGUGACACAUUAAUGGGCUUUGCAGGAAAUGACAUAGCAUUGGGAUGAAACUUCCUGUGUCCCUGGAUCAUGUCACUCUCCAGUUUCUCAAUCACAUUCUCAAGAAAUGAUUUAUAUAAAAAAUAUUUAAUGUUAAAAUCAUGGCAGGCAUAGAACAAUCUAGUUUACUUGCAUACUGUGCACCUUUUUGUGUAUGGGGACAACAAGCACUUAUUGUGGAAUUUCCUUGAGUUUGACUGACUCCGCUGCUAUUAUCUUUAAAGAAUGUCAGUUUUCCUAUUUUUUUCCUUAUCAUUUGUCAUCAUUCCUGUUGUGUGGCAUCAAAUUAGGGCAAGCUAGUGUGAACACUUGGGUAGUUUAGUUAUACAAAUAUAUUUGUGAGAUUAAGCUGAAUUUAGUCCAUAUAAUUUGAAUUGAUUUGUAAUGUUAUAGUAUAUCUGGAUAGACUGAAUUGUAAAUGUGGAUUAUGCCACAGAAACUGGAGUAGCAGUAGAACUGGUCCUGGUUUCCUAAAAUCAUGUUAAGUUCGUUAAAACCAUAGGAUCCUAACGAUGAACUUAGCCUUAACAUGCUUUUGGGAAACAGGGCCCUGGGCUGUAGAUCCUAUACUUCACCAUCAUUCCUGUAAAUAGCUAUAUUGAAUGUUAUGAUGUACACUUUCACUCAGAUUCUAUUGAGACCAAACUCAACAUCUUAAGUGUGAAAUGUAGUUUUCUUCCCUAUUUCAAUGUUCAGCUCUCCCCUCCUUUAGUGUUGUUUCACUUGUGCCUUCAACGUUGCUCUGGACAACAUUAUGAAACUCUUUGGACAUAUUCAUGUUUUGUUAUUGAAAUGUACAUAGUUGAUGUGAAUAGUUGUGCAAAGAUGUGUAUUUGUUACAUAAUCGUGGUGUGAUUUUGAAAUAAGGAAUGUCAUUUUCCAACUGUCCAACCAUUUGCUGGGUAUACUUCCAUAACUGUGUAUAUAGACUUACAGUAUAUAUCAUGAAACUAAGGGCUCUGCUUCCGAUCCCUUUUUCACGUCUCUGAUCAGUUAAUAUAUACUGCUGCUCAUUUCUGAUUCCUUUUUUAAAAAUCCUUCAGCUGGAUCCUAAACUUUUCUACACCAAAGAUUUCCUAGUUAUUAAAAUAACUGGAAUCUGGAAUUAUUCUACAUUAAUCAUUCUGUUAAGAAUGACAAAAUAAGCCAUUUCCCUAUUUUAUAACAAUGUAAAUGAAAUGCUAUUGGGAGAUUUUGAUACAGCAUCUGAAGUCAGCUGCUGCCUGCUCUCUGCUAACCAAGGUCAGAGAUAUUGUCAUGGUUAAGGGCUGGAUUCAAUCCGUAUCGUGGAAGAUCCGUCUUAUAGCACGAUAGAAAUUUAAAGGCAAUGUCACCACAUUUGUGGAGACCGCAUUCACGUAAUCGCUGCAUGUCGGCUCAAUCACAAAUUACCUUUACAUUUUAGCACGAAUCUGCCACGAUAUGGAUUAAAUCCAGCUGCUCUGACUCACUCAGCCCACAAGCUGUGGAGAACUUUUAUUUCAGACCACUAAUACCAUAUGAAAUAAGCCUACCCAACUGGAACCUCAAGGGAAAAUGAGGCCUAGAUUCAAUCAGAUUGUGUUAACCGGGGAUAGCUGAUGUUUUGGCAUGUCCGAGGUGUCAAAUUGGUGAGCAGCUGCCUUGAUCAUUCACAAAGCCACACCCAUCCUUCUCUUGUUAGAAAUUCAGACCGAGAAAGUGUAGGCUAUAAAGGAACACUCCAAUUGAAAAAUCAUUCAACAAAAUUAGGAUUUUUAGCAGCCUAAUGGAGGUGUAGAUUACAUCUCACAUGCCCGUGUUUAACUUGUAAACAAGGCUGUCUGGGCUUUCACUUAAUACCACAUGCCAGGAGUCGCUUGGAUUUGACAGCUCUAGUGCAGUUCCACCUGACACCACCAAAACAACACCUAUGCUGAUGUCGGCCAAAGCGGAUCUGAUUUAAUCAUUUUUAUUGCAAUAUUGUAGACAUUUGCUAUCAAAUUGGUGAGAAUCUGCAUUUCAAUGAAACUAUGCGCCUGUGUCAUUUGCAAUACUGUGUAUUUUGGGACACCUUGUUAUGACCCUGCAACAUCAGUGACUCAGCUGGAAAGUAGUACACCCAUGUCGACUGAACUGUUUUUCAACUUGGGAAUGAACAUGCUAAACCAAGAGCUGGGGGCUAAUGGGACCAGUGUUUGGUUCUGGGUCUACAAAACUGUCUAAAUCAUGAAAUUACAAAAUGUGCCACAAUGUCACUUGGUUUACAAUAAAACUAUGGACCUGCAUUAAAUUUGUAUAAAUGUCAAGAUUAAAAUACUUUAUUGAACAA